AUCAUCAGAAUGACAAAAUCAUCAGACCAUCAAAACUCAAAAUCAUUACAGCAGAUCAUCAAAAACAGAUCAUGGCUCACGAAGUCAUCAGCUAUUACCAUCAUCCAUCAUCACUACCGUUAAUCAUCAUCAUCCACCAUCAACAUCAAAUCGCGACCAUCAAUCGUCAUCAUGUUCAAUCAUCAUGAAAACAAACAGAUCAAUCUCAAAUAACCUAGACAUCCGUUGAUGUUAAUGAUGAUGUUGGUGGAUGAUGAUGAUCAAAUGCUGCAACCCUUGAACCGUUUCAAUUGGUGUUGAUGGUGGAUGAUGAUGAUCAAAGGUUGAUGAUAAACGGUCAUGAAGAUAGAUGAAUGACAGGUUGAUGAGUGUUUGAGCCAAUGGAAACGGUUUUUGUUUCCUUGGGUUUUUGAGCGGAAACAAAAUGGGGGGAUGUGUUACCGUCAAGAAACGGUAAUUGUUACUUCCCUUCACUGACCAAACAAAAAGUAACGGCAAUUGUUACUUGUUUCUGUUUCUUGCGCUAAAAAAUGUCAUAUCAAACACCCCUAAGGUUUUCAUUUUCCCUGCAAGUAGCAGCAACAAAAAUCACAUCAACAUUUCAGAGUUAUUUGUCUAUUUGAUCCACGGCUAUCAAAUGAGUCUUGCGUAUUAUAAAUGAGUGUUAUUUGCCUAUUUGGUAAUCUUGAGUUUGUUGUUUUAAGUGGUACUCUCUCCCCGUUCCUUUUUAUUUUUUUCGUACUCCCUUUGGUUCACAUUUUGUUCUUUACAUUUUUUAUAUUUUAUAUUAUCACAUAAAUGUAUUAAUAUUCUGUCAAAAAUUAUGCCAAAUAAUUUAACCAAUUACUCCCUCCGUCCCGGAAUACUCGCAACGAUUUGACUUUUUGCACUAUUCACAUAAUUCACUUUGACCCUAUUUUAUUUAUAGUAUAUAAAAGUAAGUGUUAGCUUAUAAUAUGUUGUUUACAAACUUUUAUAUAAGGUGUUCUUAUACAAAAGUAGUCGUUGUUUGUUUGCUUCAUCUUAAUAUAUAAAUUUUUAAAAUAUUAAUAUUUUAUAAGAUUUUAUAAUAUAUAAUUGAAGAUAUUUAUGGUCAAAGUUGUACAUUGUCAAAUAUGUCACGUCAAACCGUUGUGACUUGUGACUUGCGAGUAUUCUGAAACGGAGGGAUUAAAUUCAUUAGAACAUUUAAUGUCACAGCUUUUAAUAUCAGCUUUUUGGAUCAAGGUGAAAUGCCCAAUUGCCCACCCCUAUGUUUCGGUAAGAUUAACAAUUACCGAGUAACAUAACCGGAAGGGGUUACCUGUGCGGCUGUGCCUCGUCGAAAUCAGAAGGGGUUUCGGUUCCAAUUGUACACUCCGACGAACACAAUCCCUCUGUCUUCUGCAAUCGAUUUCCCCAAUUUACGAAGCGUAUGAUAUCUGGAUGCCCUUGUUUACAAGAAUUGGCUAUUGUAUUUCCUUACAAAUUACAUCAGCUGCAUUUUACUGCUCCGAGCAUCGAAAAGUUAGAGCUUGAAUUUAGUACAGAAUCAGGUAGUGCACAAGACAGAUACUACUCACUUGAUUGCCCUAACCUCAAGAUCCUGCAAAUUGAAGAUGUUUUACUAGGAAAUCUCCAAAUUAUUGAUGUUUCAUCUGUUCGUAAAGCCAUAAUCAGAGGUUCUUUCAGAGUUGAUUUACCGUCUAAUGAACAAGAUCAAUUUGAAAUUUUACUCGGCAAGUUUCAAAAUGCUGAGGUUUUCUAUUGGGGAGAUAAUACUUAUUUGCAAUUAGAACAUUGUGGAAAUGAGAAACUGGCUUUUCAAAAAAAUACAUGGACCCGUUUAGCUCUAAGGUCAGGGGCCCGUGGAAGCUGUUUGCUAGGCGUUUGUAGAUUGUUGAGAAACUCAUUGUAUUUGCAACAACUUAUAAUAUAUGCCGAUGUGGAUUUUAUCUGUGAUUGCAAUAUGCUUCUGUACGAGCUUUCUUCUCCCUGUGUGAUGCGAUACCUGAAAAUAGUCACUAUACUUAAUUUUGAGAAGUCAUGUCAACCACUGCUUCAGCUAAUAGAAUUUCUGCUCAAAAGUGCUGUCAAUUUGGACGAAUUGGUUAUUGUCUGCAACAGGAAGGAUCGACUUCUUUCAAUUGAGGGGCAUGCAUUCAUGAUGAAGUUAUUAAGCUUUCGCAGAGCCUCACAAAAUGCAAGGGUUGUCUUCGAUUGAGAUUUAUACUAAUGGUAACCCGUAUAGUUUAAAAGUGUAGAUACCUUAUGGUGUUAGGACCUUGUUGUGCUUACAAAAACAAAGGACCACCAUUGCGAAUUCAGUGUUGCUGCUAGUGGUAGUGCCCUUGUAUAAACCUAAUGGGGGUUCUAUAGUGCAGUGUUUUCUAAUGUCA